GUCGCAAGGCCAUCCGCCAUAGCCAGAACAAGGAGACUCUCUCAGGCCCUGACUAGCAUUGCUCAGUCCUCGUCCGAUUCGCAGAUCACCGAAUUGGGUUUGUCAUUGUCGCCACUGACAUCACGAAAUUGCAGCUCAAUUGGCAAUUUGUAGGACUCCGGGAUGGCUGCCCUCGGGACGCAAGCGUUGUCGCUGCUGAGCUCGCAUCCGCAGGGGAUUCUCGCCAAGGGCUCGAGGUUGUCGUCGGCGUCAUCGAGCUCGACCGCGAUUCCUUUCUUCACUGGGUUUCGCGGCGAUUCGAAUGUCAAGGCAGCGAAUGCGCCAGUGGAGUCAUGUGCUUUCAAAGGGUGUGUAGUUACGCCAGUGGCAUCUCUGGAGGAUGAGGAGACUGUGGCAGUUCUGAGCAGGAGGAGUGUGUUGGCUGCGAGUACCGCUGCAUUGUCGCUCGGGGCCCUUUCGGGAGGAAGCGAUGGAAAUGAUGCAGCGCUGGCUGACGAGACAAUUUCUAGCUGGGAACAGGUUACGCUUCCCGUCGACCCUGGCGUCGUGCUGCUUGACAUGGCGUUUGUACCUGAUCAGCCCGACCGCGGUUUCUUGUUAGGUACUCGACAGACAUUGUUGGAAACGAAGGAUGGGGGUCGGUCGUGGAGUCCACGCAGUAUUCCAUCUGCCGAAGAUGAGGACUUUAACUAUAGGUUUAACAGCAUCAGCUUCCAAGGUCAGGAAGGAUGGAUUAUUGGCAAGCCAGCCAUUCUGCUGCACACCAGUAAUGGUGGAGAGAGUUGGGAGCGCAUCCCUCUCAGUGUUCGUCUUCCCGGAAAUCCUAUCACAAUCAGGGGCACGGGGCCGCAGAGUGCAGAGAUGGUAACCGAUGAGGGUGCCAUUUACGUUACAUCAAACAAUGGGUACAACUGGAAGGCCGCUGUGGAAGAGACUGUCUCUGCUACCCUGAAUAGAACUGUGUCAAGUGGAAUCAGUGGAGCCAGUUACUACACUGGUACUCUCAACACAGUGAACAGGUCAUCAGCCGGUGAUUAUGUCGCCGUUGUCAGCCGUGGAAACUUUUUCUUGACUUGGGAGCCUGGACAGCCAUACUGGCAACCUCACAACCGUACGAGUGCACGCCGAAUCCAGAAUAUGGGAUGGCGAGCAGAUGGUGGGUUGUGGCUGGUGGUUCGCGGAGGUGGACUCUUUGUCAGCAAAGGCACUGGGGUGACGGAGGAUUUCGAUGAGCAGAAAAUUCCAAGCAGAGGUUUCGGUAUUCUGGAUGUUGGGUAUCGAUCCAAGGACGAAGCUUGGGCUGCCGGAGGCAGUGGCAUCUUGUUGAGGACAACGGACGGAGGAAAAUCAUGGAUCCGUGACAAGGUCGCAGACAAAAUCGCUGCCAACUUAUACUCUGUAAAGUUCAUUAACGACAAAGGUUUCGUGCUGGGCAACGAUGGUGUGCUUCUGCGGUACCUUGGUUGAUUAUAUCAUGUAUCUAUCUAGAUUUUGACGGGAGCAAGCCAACUAGGUGAAUUUUAGUACUGAGCAGCGCCUUUCCAAUUCUUUGUGUCAUGGCUUAUUUUUGUUAAUGCAUAACACCCUUUCAUGGCUGGAAAAUGUUUGAGCACGUGGAAAGGAGCAGCUUUUAUUGCUUC